AGGAGAACAGAGGGAACCUUUCCAACCAUGCUGCCCUCUGCCCGCACCGACCCACCAGGGCUGCCACCCAGGAGCUGGCCCUGCUCAUCUCCCGCAUGCAGGCCAACGCCGACCAGGUGGAGAGGGACAUCCUGGAGACCCAGAAGAAGCUGCAGCAGGACCGGCAGCACAGCGAGCAGAACCAGGCCCUGCAGCACCGGCAGGAGGUAGGCCGCAGCCUGAAGGAGGCCGAGGGGCUGCUGAAGGACCUCUUCCUGGACGUGGACAAGGCCCAGAGGCUCAAGCACCCACAGGCUGAGGAGAUCGAGAAGGACAUCAAGCAGCUGCAUGAGCGGGUGACCCAGGAGUGCGCCGAGUACCGCGCCCUGUACGAGAAGAUGGUGCUGCCGCCCGACGUAGGGCCCAGGGUCGACUGGGCGCGGGUGCUGGAGCAGAAGCAGAAGCAGGUCUGCGAGGGCCAGUAUGGGCCGGGCAUGGCGGAGCUGGAGCAGCAGAUCGCCGAGCAUAACAUCCUGCAGAAGGAGAUCGAGGCCUAUGGGCAGCAGCUGCGGAGCCUCAUAGGGCCGGAUGCGGCCACCAUUCGGAGCCAAUACCGGGACCUACUGAAGGCGGCCUCGUGGCGAGGGCAGAGCCUGGGCAGCCUGUACACACACCUGCAGGGCUGCACACGCCAGCUGAGCGCCCUGGCCCAGCAGCAGCAGCACAUCCUACAGCAGGACUGGAGUGACCUCACGGCAGACCCUGCGGGCAUGCGGAGGGAGUACGAGCACUUCAAGCAGCACGAGCUGCUGGGCCAGGAGCAGUGCGUGAACCAGCUGGAGGAUGACGGGGAGCGCAUGGUGGAGCUCGGGCAUCCGGCUGUGGGGCCCAUCCAGGCCCACCAGGAGGCCCUGAAGAUGGAGUGGCAGAACUUCCUGAACCUGUGCAUCUGCCAAGAGAGCCACCUGCAGCACGUGGAGGAUUACCGCCGGUUCCAGGAGGAGGCCGACUCUGUCAGCCAGACCCUGGCAAAGCUCCACUCCAGCCUGGACACCCAGUACAGCCCCGGCCCUGGGGGCGCCCCUGGUACCCCCACAGAGCUGCUGCGACAGCUGGAGGCAGAGGAGAAGCAGCUGGCCAAGGCCGAGAAGACCGUUGGGGACCUGCAGCUGCAGAGCCGGGAGGUGGCCCCUCUGCCGCAGCGCAGGAACUGCCCCCAGCAGCCCCUGCACGUGGACAGCAUCUGUGACUGGGACUCAGGAGAAGUGCAGCUGCUGCGGGGUGAGCGGUAUACACUGAUGGACAACACUGACCCGCACACCUGGGUAGUCCAGGGCCUGGCAGGCGAGACCAAACGUGUCCCAGCCGCCUGCUUGUGCGUCCCGGCCCCAGACCCUGAGGCCAUGGCCAGGGCCUCCAGGCUGGACUCGGAGCUGCAAACCCUGAAGCAGAAACUGACCACAGUCCAGAGCCGCCUGAAGGCCAGUUCUGUGGAGCCCUCGCGGCCCAGCCAGCAGGCUCCGACCGGCUUAGCCCCAGCUGACCCACAGGCCCAGAAGCUCCUGACGCAGAUGACCCGGCUUGGGGAGGACCUGGGGCAGAUAGAGAGGCAGGUGCUGGCCUGGGCCCGAACCCCACUGAGCCGCACCAGCCCCCUGGAGGACCUGGAGGGACGCAUCCAAAGCCACAAGGGCACCGCCCAGCGGCUGCAGAAACUGGGAGCAGAGAAGGAGGCGGCCCAGCAGGAGUGUGAGGCUUUUCUGUCAGCGCGGCCCGUGGGCCUUACCGCCCUGCACCUGCCCGUGGCCCUCAACAACGUCAAGAACAAGUACAGUGACGUGAAGGUUCUCUGCAGCCAGUACAGGGAGAAAGCUCAGGCUGCCCUGGGUCUGGAGCGGCAGAUCCGGGAUGCGGACAGAGUCAUCCGAGGCUUCGAGUCCGCCCUGGCACAGGAGGCCCCCCUCCCUGCUGGGCCGGGUGCGCUGCAGGAGAGGGUCAGCGAGCUGCAGCACCAGCGGAGGGGGCUGCUGGAGCAGCAGGCCUGCGUGCUGGGGCUGCACCGCGAGCUGAAGGCCACCGAGCACAUGUGCGGCGCGUUGCAGAACAAUUUCCAUGAGUUCUGCCCUGACCUGCCGUACCAGCAGCGCCAGGUGCGGGCCCUCACCGACCGCUACCAUGCUGUUGGGGACCAGCUGGACCUGCGGGAGAAGAUGGUGCAGGACGCCAGCCUCACCUACCAGCAGUUCAAGAACAGCAGGGACAACCUGAACUCCUGGCUGGAGCACCUGCCCCACAACCAGGUGCGGCCCAGCGACGGGCCGAGCCAGAUCACCUACAAGCUGCAGGCGCAGAAGAGGCUGCUGCAGGAGGUCCAGGGCCGAGAGCAGGACAGGGCCAUGGCAUCCCGCCUCUCCCAGCACCUGCAGGCAGCCCUCCAGGACUACGAGCUGCAAGCAGACACCUACCGCUAUUCCCUGGAGCCCACCAAGGUGGGGUCGGCCCCCAAGAGACCCCGAGUGGGUUCCCUGCAGGAGAGCAUCCAGGCUCAGGAGAAGAGCCUGAUGAAGACCUACACUGAGGUCACAGCUGCGAACCAGCAGCAACUGCAGCAGCUGGAGUUUGCCAGGAAGGUUCUGGAGAAGAAGGAGCUCAGUGAGGACAUCCAGGUGACCCAGGAUGCACAGCAGGGGUCGGAUAGCCCCUCUCAAGCCGGGAGGGAGUCAGAGGCCCUGAAGUCCCAGCUGGAGGAGGAGAGGAGGCGGGUGGCCCAGGUGCAGCAUGAGCUGGAGGAGCAGAGGAACCAGCUGCUGCAGCUGAGGACUCAGCGGCCCUUAGAGAAACUGGAGGAGAAAGAAGUGGUGGAGUUUUACCGGGACCCCCAGCUGGAGAGCAACCUGUCCAGGGUGAAGUCUCAGGUGGAAGACGAGGGCAAGAAGCAGGCCAGCCUGCAGGCAGACCUGGAGGCAGCAGCCCAGAAGGUCAUGCAGCUGGAGAACAAGAGGAAGGCCACACAGCCUCACCUGCUAACCAAGGAGGUCACCCAGGUGGAGAGGGACCCCAGCCUGGACAGCCAGGCGGCCCAGCUCAGCAGUGAGAUCCAGCACCUGCGGGCAGAGAACACCGCCAUCUCGUCCCAGCUGGAGGAGCUAAAGACAGAGCUGCUGGCCCUUGAGCGGAAGGAGGCGACUGUGAAGGAAAAGGUCGUGGUGAAAGAAGUGGUCAAGGUGGAGAAGGACCUGGAAAUGGUCAAGGCGGCCCGGGCUCUGAGGCUGCAGGUGCAGGAGGACGUGGCGCAGAGGAAGGCGGCGGAGGAGGCCAUGGCCAAGCUGCAGGCUCGCAUCACGGAGCUAGAGCUGGCGAUCAGCGCCGUGGAGCCCAAGGUGAUCGUGAAGGAAGUGAAGAAGGUGGAGCAGGACCCAGGCCUCCUCAAAGAGGCGUCCAGGCUGAGGAGCCUCCUGGAGGGGGAGAGGAGUAAGAACGAGGCACUGGCCAGGGAGCUGAAGGAGCUGCAGGGCAAGUACUGCGUGGUGGAGAAGCAGAAGCCCAGAGUGGACCUCCAGGAGCGCGUCAAUGAGAUCUUCCAGGUGGAUCCGGAGACGGAGCGGGAGAUUUCGCGGCUCAGGGCCAAGCUGCAGGAGACGGCCAGCAAGAGGAGCAGCGUGGAGAAGGAGGUGGAGCAGCUGCUGCCCGACCUGGUGGUCCUGCGGGCGCAGAAGCCCACGGUGGAGUACAAGCAGGUGACGCAGGAGGUGGUGAGGCAUGAGAGGAGCCCGGAGGUGCUGCGGGAGAUUGACCGCCUGAAGGCUCAGCUCAACGAGCUGGUCAACAGCAGCGGGCGGGCCCAGGAGCAGCUCAUCCGGCUGCAGGGGGAGCGCGACGAGUGGAGGCGGGAGCGGUCCAAGGUGGAGACCAAGACGGUGAACAAGGAGGUGGUGCGCCACGAGAAGGACCCGGUGCUGGAGCAGGAGGCCCAGCGGCUGCGCCAGGAGGUGCGGGAAGCGGCCCAAAAGCGGCGGGCAGCCGAGGACGUGGUCUAUGAGCUGCAGAACAAGUACAUGCUGCUGGAGAGGAGGCGGCCCGAGGAGAAGGUGGUGGUGCAGGAGGUGGUGGUCACCCAGAAGGACCCGAAGCUCCGCGAGGACCACAGCCGGCUGAGCCGGAGCCUGGACGAGGAGGUGGGCCGGCGGCGGCAGCUGGAGCGGGAGGUGCAGCAGCUGCGGGCCGCCGUGGAGGAGAAGGAGGGGCUGCUCAGCUUCCAGGAGGACCGCAGCAAGAAGCUGGCUGUGGAGAGGGAGCUGCGGCAGCUGACCUUGAAGGUCCAGGAGCUGGAGAAGCGGCCGCCUGCGGUGCAGGAGAAGAUCAUCAUGGAGGAGGUGGUCAAGUUGGAGAAGGACCCGGAUCUGGAAAAGUCCGCAGAAGCCCUGCGGCGGGACCUGGACCAGGAGAAGACUCAGGUGACAGAGUUGAACCGGGAGUGCAAGAACCUGCAGGUCCAGGUCGACGUGCUCCAGAAAACCAAAUCGCAAGAGAAGACCAUUUACAAGGAAGUGAUCAGGGUGGAGAAGGACCCGGUGCUGGAGGGAGAGCGUUCCCGGGUGUGGGAAACGCUCAACAGGGAGCGCACAGCCCGGCAGAGCCGGGAGGAGGAGGCAAGGCGCCUGCGGGAGCGGAUCGACCGGGCAGAGGCGCUGAAGAGGACCUGGUCGCAGGAGGAGGUCGAGCUCCAGAAGGCCCGGGACCAGGCGAACCAGGAGUGCCGGCAGCUGCAGCAGGAGCUGCGGGAGCUGGAGAAGCAGAAGCAGCAGAAGGUGCUGCAGCUGCAGGAGGAGUCGAAGCUGCUCAGCCAGAAGACAGAGAGCGAGCGGCAGAGGGCAGCCCAGCGGGGCCAGGAGCUCUCGCAGCUGGAGGCGGCCAUCCUCCGGGAGAAGGACCAGAUCUACGAGAAGGAGAGGACCCUCCGGGACCUGCACACCAAGGUGAGCCGAGAGGAGCUCAACCAGGAGACCCAGACACGAGAGACCAACCUCUCCACCAAGAUCUCCAUCUUGGAGCCUGAGACGGGGACAGACAUGUCCCCGUAUGAGGCCUACAAGAGAGGCAUCAUCGACCGUGGCCAGUACCUCCAGCUGCAGGAGCUGGAGUGUGACUGGGAGGAGAUCACCACCUCGGGCCCCCGCGGGGAGGAGUCGGUGCUGCUGGACCGCAAGAGCGGGAAGCAGUACUCCAUCGAGGCCGCCCUGCACUGCCGGCGCAUCUCCAAGGAGGAGUACCAUCUCUACAAGGAAGGCCACCUCUCCAUCUGUGAGUUCGCCCUGCUCGUGGCCGGGGAGACCAAGCCCUGCUCCUCCCUCUCCAUUGGCGCCAUCAUCUCUAAGUCCCCGCUCACCUCUCCGGCCCCUCAGAGCACCAGUUUCUUCUCUCCCAGCUUCUGUCUUGGGCUCGGCGAGGACAGCUUCCCCAUCGCCGGGGUCUACGACACUACCACAGACAACAAGUGCACUAUCAAGAUGGCUGUGGCCAAGAACAUGCUGGAUCCCAUCACCGGGCAGAAGCUGCUGGAGGCGCAGGCAGCCACGGGGGGCAUCGUGGACCUCCUCAGCCGGGAGCGCUACUCCGUGCACAAGGCCUUGGAGAGGGGCCUGAUCGAGAACAGCUCAACACAGAGGCUGCUCAACGCCCAGAAGGCCUUCACUGGCAUCGAGGACCCUAUCACCAAGAAGAGGCUGUCAGUGGGCGAGGCAGUCCAGAAGGGCUGGAUGCCCCGGGAGAGCGUGCUCCCACACCUGCAAGUGCAGCACCUGACCGGAGGGCUCAUUGACCCCAAGAGGACUGGCCGCAUCCCCAUUGAGCAGGCCGUGGUCUCCGGCAUGAUCAGUGAAGAGCUGGCCCAGCUCCUGCAGGAUGAGGCCAGCCAUGAGAAGGAUUUGACAGACCCCAUCUCCAAGGAGCGGUUGAGCUACAAGGAGGCCAUGGGGCGCUGCCGGAAAGACCCCUUGAGCGGCCUGUUGCUCCUCCCAGCCUCGCUGGAGGGGUACCGCUGCUACCACUCAGCCUCCCCCACCGUCCCGCGCUCCCUGCGCUGAUAGGGGCCAAGCAGUCAUGGGGAGUGUGUGUGAGGGGGGAGGGUAGGAUGCAUGCACCCCUGGCCCCUAGAGCAGCCUAAUCCGAGGGGUGGGUCUUCCCUCUGAUCGCUGCUCUGCUCCUCAGAUGUUCUCAGUAUUGGGCUCCCUCCUCUAACUUUGGUGCCCAGCCCAUCCCCUGACCUGGAGACCAGCAGCUCUGUUUCCUUCCCUCCUCCCCAACCAGUGCUUCCAAUAAACAGAUUUUUCCCGGCA